GGAACCCUCUUCCACGCCGCCUAUGCGUCCUCAACCUGGAACCUCGACCAACGUCCCGUCCGCGACGUCUCCACCUCUCACUCACUGGUCCUCCUCUACCGCCUCGGCACCCUAGACCCCUCGCUCGCACCCAUCGCGGACCAAUUCUCCCGCAUCCGAGCAAUCCUGGCGUCGGUACCGCUGGGGAAGGAAGCCAGGGAGAGGGAGCUGGGCCCGAAGAAGGGGAAUGCAGUCUUGGGUGGUUAUGACUGCGUUAUCUGGACGACAGAUGCGGUUGCCGCGCUUCUGAGGGAAGGGGUUGUGGAUUUUGGGGGUCGGAGUGUUGACGAAGUCAUAGCCGAAGCACGCUCCCUCGCCGGCCCUGCCGACGCAAAAUCCAUGGUCGGCGUCGACUUCGGCGGCCUCAGGGUCGUCAAUUAA